AACCCUUUUACUUCAAACCAAUAACACCAAGUUUCAGUCAAUGACUUUCCCUUCUUCUUUGUCUUCUUCUUGUCAUUUAUUUUCUUCAGCAAUUAUAUUGCUUUUGUUGGCAUCUAUACUGAUUGCAUACGCUGGUAACUUUUACCAGGAUGUUGAUAUCAUAUGGGGAGAUGGCCGAGCAAAGAUUCUCAACAAUGGCUCUCUCAUCACUCUCUCUCUUGACAAAGCCUCUGGCUCUGGCUUUCAAUCCAAAAACCAUUAUCUCUAUGGCAUGUUUAGCAUGCAGAUUAAACUUGUUCCCAAUAACUCUGCUGGCACUGUCACAACCUUCUAUUUAAGGUCAGAAGGGUCAUCAUGGGAUGAGAUAGAUUUUGAGUUCUUGGGCAAUCUUAGUGGUGAUCCUUAUAUUCUUCACAGUAAUAUUUACACACAGGGGAAAGGGACGAGAGAAAAGCAAUUUUACCUCUGGUUUGACCCAACUGCUGAUUUUCACACCUAUUCAGUCCUCUGGAAUCCUGCACAUAUAGUGUUCUACGUUGAUUGGGUAGCAAUCAGACAGUUCAAAAAUUUGGAAUCCAUUGGUGUUCCUUACCCAAAAAGUCAACCAAUGGUAAUGCAAUCUACCCUGUGGAGUGCUGACUGGGCUACCAGAGGAGGUCGUGUAAGGACAAAUUGGACCCUAGCACCUUUUACAGCUUCCUUCGGCAAUUACGAUGUCGACGGCUGUGUUUGGUGUAAUAAGACGUCGUCCUCCUCUUGCAACCAGACCUAUAAAACACGGUACUCCCAGUCCAGAGACCUAAGUUUAUUCGAUCAGAAAAAGCUCCAAUGGGUUGAACAUAAUUACAUGAUUUACAAUUACUGUGAGGACACCAAGCGAUUCCCUAAGGGUCUUCCACCGGAGUGCGCAACCAAGACCGAGUCAUAA